UCAGAUGAUUUAUUGCAGUACAGAAAUUUAAAGUCAUUAUGCAAAUUGACCCAAAACAUAUCAAAUCGAAGAAUUAUCUCUUACAUGAAUCCAGUAUGGUCUAAUAGUUCCAGUUGCCCUGAAAGAAAACUAAAAAAAGACUGUGAGUUAGUCAUUAAAAAAAGUAUAAACCAUUUUUGUUCGUCUCUCAAAAUGGAAAAUUGUAUGGAAAUUGUACCAACUAUUAUGGAAAAUGAACAUAUUUGCAACAGCCGAACUGUAAAUUUUCCAGAAGUUUACAGUACUUCUCUUCUAACAGGUAUACACGAUCCAAGAUCUGCAGAAAAUCUACAGAAAUUGUUCCAAAAAGAAAAAUGUAAGCAAUUUCGCGUGGCAGAAAAAAUACAACCAGCUUCUUUUGAGAAAGCAAAUCUCAAUGGAACAGAAAUCAAUAUAAGUGGCUUGGCUUGCAAGACCAACAAGAGCUUGAGCUUAUUAGCUAUGGACAGUUUGUUACACUAUUAUUUUGCUCAAAAAUUGGGAAUCAAUCUUAACAAUAAUACUGACAAAAGUGCUGUGGUCAUAUUGAACAAUAAGAUGGAAUCCCAUUAUAUUCUUCAAGAACCUAUCAAUGGUGUGUCAGUGAGAGAAUUCAUAUUGAAUUUUACAAAAAAUUAUUUGAAUAGAUCAUUUGAAUCUGACAUUACUUUAAACUUAACAAGUACAAUGCAUCCAAUAUAUAAGAAUCCAAAACAAGAAAAAUCCAAAAUUGUGUUGAAUGAGUUGAAUACUCACACAUUCCUGCCAUCUGUACUCAAAGAGAAUGAGGCUGUUGCUGUGUUCUACUAUUCUAAACAAUGUUCCUUUUGUAAUGGUGUUGCGUUCAUCUACCUCACAGUUGCUAAGAAACUGUCUUAUGUGAAAAACCUCGUUUUUGCGAGAAUUGAUGGAGAGAAUAAUAUUUUACCUUGGGAGUAUACUAUGGAAACCUACCCAACAAUAUUGUUUUUUCCUACCAAAUGGAAAUCAGAAAGUAGAGUAUUUCCAUCAGGUAUUCCCAUAACUGUUCCCAAUUUAAUAGGUUUUAUACUGACAAAUCUGGAUCCUGGGUUGAAAUUACAGGCUAUUUGGUCCAUAUGUCGGCAAACAAAGUUUCCAGAAGAAAAAUCGUCAUGUUACUCAACGCUUUUACAAGAGACAUUAUUAUUGAUUAAUAGCAUCUUGAAAGACUGGCGAAUUUCAAAUGAACGUCAUAAACAGGCUCUGUUACACAAAUUAAGGCAACUACGACAACUGCAUUUGUUAUUUGCUCAUUCUUCUCAGAGUCAUGGGAAGAUUCAGGAAUAUUUCAAUAAGUUAAAUUCUUAUACGAACUCUAAUGGUGAUUAUCAUGGUAUACAACAAAAGUCAAGGUCUCGUGAUGAGUUAUAGUUACUAUUUCAGGCACAUGAGGAAUGAUUAGAAAAAAGUAAAUCACUCUGAAGUCCAUCUUCAAACAAUUGAAAUUAUACUGUUUCAUUUUUUGUUGAAUAGAUAUAAUUAAAUUUAGCAUUUGCUCUGUAAAUAAUUAGGGUAGUAGUAAAUUGGUUUAUGUCUUAAAAACCGAUUGUGCCUAAUAUUCUUAACUAAUUUUCAAAAAUAUUUCAUUUACUUUUUUGGACAUUUCCACUAUUUGGUUAUUUUUGGGCAAAUUAAUGUACUCAAGGUCAAAAUGAAUGUAUCAAUUAUAAAUUCAUCAGAAAAAUGAUUUGAUUUGAAUAAAUCUGCAAAUUAUUCUCUGAAAAAGUUGAAUCAAUGAAGAAAUUCAUAAUUUGCAUCUGUAAAUCUGCUAAUCAGAAAAUUUCUAACUACGGCAAUAUUUCCCUAAAAUUAAUUUUUUUGCCAUUAUUCUUUUGUAAAACAUUGAAAUAGAAAGAUGCUUCUUCCAUAAUAGGAACUUGGUAUUAAUUAUCUUUUUAUUUGAGAAAAUUAUGGAUUUGCAUUGAUAAUAGGUACCUACUUAUUUCAUAUUACUUGAAAAAUAAUUUUUUAGUUAAUUUUAAAAUUGAACAAUAUUCUCAAAAACUUUUUUUUAUCAAAUAUGUAUGUAGCUUAGUAAAAUACUCCAUUAGUUUCAUGCUAUAACUAUAUUUUUAUAUUUUCCAAUAGUCUCAGCAUUCCAAUGUUUCUGAAACAGUUUGCAUAUUUUACUCAGUUAUUUAUUGAACUGUGAUAUUACCUAUAAAUUAUGUAAAGUAAAAUAUAUAAGGUGUAUUUCUGUAUUUCUCAAUGCAUAUUUUCCCAAGAGUUAUCUGCUAGUGCAUUUUUUGAAAUGAAAUGUAAUUAUUUGUUACUGAGUAGGAUUUUUUCUGGAUUAGUAUUUCCUGUAAAAUCAAAACUGUUAGGUUGGGAAUAUGCAAUUUUGGAGAAAACACCUUCCAUUGUAAAAUUCAACAUGAAAUAAUUGUACAAUAAAUAUAUUUCAUAAUAAUCUUGAA